AUGAGUAACCUCACUGAGGUCAAUGGAACUAUUAAGCUAAAGGAAGUUAAACACAUACUUAAGUGUAUGAAUGGGCUGCCCCAUAAUGUGAUUUCAGAUGGAAGUGCCUGCAGGCUACGGAGCUUCAUUAAGAAGAAUCGUUCUGGGCUUACCAAAGUGGAUGAAUUAAAUGCCACCCCAUUGCAUCACGCUGCUGAAGGAGGUCAAAUAGAAUUAAUGCAGUUGAUCAUAGAUGAUUCUUCCUGCGAAGUAUUGAAUGUGAUGGAUUCCUCUGGAAAUACCCCGUUGCACUGGGCUACAAAGAAAAACCAGGUUGAAAGUGUUAGUUUGCUUCUCAACAGAGGAGCCAAUCCAAACAUUCUGAACUCCAACAUGAUGGCACCUUUGCAUAUGGCUGUGCAGUCCCUACAUAAUGAAAUUGUUAAGAUUUUAGUCCAGCAUAGCAGUACAGAUGUAAAUUUGGAAGGUGAAGCAGGGAACACGCCUAUAAUUGUAGCGUGUUAUAAGGAUAAUCCUGAAGCACUGACACUCCUGAUUGAAAAUGGAGGGAAAAUAUGUAAGCCAAACAAAACAGGAUGUAUGCCUAUCCAUGCAGCUGCAUUUUCAGGUGCAAAAACAUGUAUGGAGAUUCUUUUAAAAAAAGGUGAAGAAUUGGGUCACUCUGCUAAAACCCACAUCAAUUUUACCAAUAAUGGAAAGUGCAGUCCACUUCACUUGGCAGUUCAAAGUGGGGACCUUGAAAUGAUUAGAAUGUGCAUUGAAUUUGGAGCCCAAAUUGAUCUAAAACAG